AUGUGCGACAAUUACGCCAGGUCAUUGUUGAGGGUCUCCGUGGCACAGAUCUGCCAGGUGCUGGGCUGGGACUCGGUGCAGCUCAGUGCCUGCGAUCUCCUCACGGACGUGCUGGAACGCUAUCUGCAGCAGCUGGGCCGCGGCUGCCAUCGGUCUUCUGAGCUCCAUGGCCGAACACACCCAACUUUGGAUGACGUUGGUGAAGGUUUCCAGCUUAUGGGGGUUAGUCUGCAGGAACUGGAAGACUAUGUUGACAAUAUUGAACCUGUCGCUUUCCCACAUCGAAUCCCUUCAUUUCCUGUUAGCAAGAACAAUGUACUUCAGUUUCCUCGACCUGGAAGCACAGGUGCAAAAGAAAGAAAAGGGUACAUCCCAGAUUACAUGCCACCCGUCUCGUCUUCUGGGGAAGAGGAAGAAGAUGAGCAGGUGCCCACAGAUGGGGGCACCUCAACAGGAGCCAGGAAGGUUCCCUGGGAAGAGGAUGAUGAAUUAGAGGAGGAGGAAAUUCUGAAUGAUGAUAAUUUCUUGGGUAAGAGACUGCUGGACAGCCCUGAAGCUGAAGAAAUGCUUGCCAGGAAGCGACCCCGACUGCUGAGCACGAAAAGGGACAGCCUACGUGUCGUGUUAUUGGAAGCCCGAGAACCCCUCAGCUCAAUAAAUAUGCAAAAGGUCCCACCCAGGCUCUGUCCAGAGCAUGUGCAGGACGGCACAGACCUCUCCCCUGUGUCCCCAGUGCUGCCCAUGUUGACUGCAAUUGUAAAAUCACAGUUGCCAACUCCAAAGCCAUUAGAAACCAAGUUCUUUAUACCUAAAAGAAAGACUAAAACUGCUCCUCCAGGACAGAAGACUGAGUCACCAGCAAUGGUCGGAAGUCCUAUUCGGCCACCAAAAAUGAUGUCCAAACAGAAGAAAUUACUGGGACGUUCUAAGAGCCUCAAGAGCCCCAAGAGCCCCAAGGUUAUAACUCAUGUUGCUCAGGUACACGUCAGACCAGAGACACCAACCGGGACUCCUUCAGCUGCAAUAAGUGACAACAUCAGUAAAGAGGCAGUCCAUGUAAAGCAGACAAAAAGGAAGCUGGACAGUGACAAUCAGCUGAAAGAAGCUGUGGUGACAGAUAACACAAUGGAUGACUCUAUCCAUACUGUGAUUACACAUGCUUGUGCUGAAGGACAGCCAGAGACUUUUGAACUCUCCUCUGAAUCAGAAUCCGAAGGAAACAUUUUUACCAGCUUCCAAAAAAUUUCAGGUUUGGAGUACACCACUCCAAAAGCCUCCACUUCCUUGAAUAAUUUCAUGAACUUAGGAUCCACUCCCCUGCCUCUUUCGGGUGGAACUUCCAGGUCCAAUAACUCCUGGACAAUGGACCCCUCGACUGACGAGGUUGUGCAGAAAGCAAAACUGGGGAUGCCUUCGAAUACGCCUCCCAACUUUCCUUCUAUCUCUUCUCCUUCCAUGUCCCCUCCCACUCCUGAACCUGUCCAUAAGGCGCAUGAAAAGAAAGCCCAGCUGCCUUCCUUAGCGGAGGUGAAGAAGAAAUUGAAAGAGUUGCUGAAGACUAAAACAGAAAACAAAGAAAAGCAGAGAGACAGGGCAAGAGGAGAAGACACAGACAAGGAAAAUGAAGUGAAAGAGAAAGAAAAGGAAGCCAGCAGGGAAACAAAGUAUGCAUGGAAAGAGUUUCUGAAAGAUGAGGACUCAGUGCCCUCAAACGUUAAAAUUAGAGAAUCUGAAGAUGUUGAUGCAAAAGCGAGAGUGAAAGAUGCAAUUGUGGGGAAGGAGAAAGAGAAGCAUAAAGAUAAGAAAAAAGAUAGAGAAAAAGGUAAGAAAGAUAAAGGGGAAAGAGGAAAGGAGAAAGUAAAAGAUAGAGGAGGACAAGUUAAGGUGAAAGCAUCCCCAGCCCCUCUGGCUCUGCCCCGGGAGAUGGCUCUGUUCAGCCCGGCUGCCACAGCCAGGGUCCCCGCCCUGCUGCCCUCGUUGGCACCUGUGCUUCCGGGAAAACGCUUUGAGGAAAAAGAGAAACCUAAGGAGAAAGAAAAGAAAAAGGACAAAAAGGAGAGGAAGGAGAAGGAAGAGAAGAAGAGGGAGAAAGAAAAGAGAGAAAGAGACAAGACAAGACAAGAAAAGGAGAAACACAAGCAUGAAGAAAUAAAAGUGGAGCCAGUCAUGCCAGCCCCGACUCCAAUUAUCCCCAGAGUCACCUUCCAACUCAGUGCUGGCCAAGACAAGAUUGUCAUCAGCGAAGUGGUUCCCACCCUGGAGGCUAAGCGGGCCACCUCCCUGAACUGGCCCAAGACACUGUCCCUGGCCACCGUGGCCCCAGCCUCUGGCCCCAUGCAUGUGGGCCCCGCGUCCCCACUGCCACCCCUUGUGCCCACUGCCUGCCCAGCACUUCUACCCCCUAGGAGCCCCAUGGUGGCCAGCAAUGCCAAGACUCCCGUGCGCAGCGUCGUGACUGAGACGAUCGGUAGAUAUAUGAUCCAAGGUGAGUGGGUCGAGCAGAUCUGGAUCUGCCCUGGGUGUAACAAGCCUGACGACGGGAGCCCGAUGAUCGGCUGUGACAACUGCAGUGACUGGUACCACUGGCCCUGUGUUGGAAUAACGGCUGCACCGCCAGAGGAGGUGCAGUGGUUCUGUCUCAAGUGUGCCAGUAAAAGGAAAGCUAAAAAGCACAAGAAGAGGAAGCAGGAUAAUGGAUCCUGCAAGACGGAGGACCAGAGCACACCACCCCUCUGCAGCCCCUUCUGA